GCCGCCAUCGCGCAUACGUCAACCCUCCCCUCCACUGCUGUACCCUGGCCUGUCCGCGUCUCCACAUAUACGCGCCCGGCUUCACUACGCGCGACCGCUCUGUCCAUCGUUAUUGAGGACACUUACUUCACCCUCUGUAUCAAGAUUAGCUACGUCGCAGCUAUCGAUUACAGCACACAGCCAAAUCGCUGUUCACGCACUAUGCAUUCACGGAUCUAAAUCAGACGGCCGGUGCAACUCAAACACUCUCUCCGCACGGUGUUAUCGCCCUACUUUAUCAACUGGCCCGAACGGCAAUCGCUUUUGUCGAUCAACGCGCAGUAGGCAGCAACUCCGCUAGUCAGCUGACGCCACCAAGUCACUCAGACUACUCGCGACUGAACAUCACAUCAUCAUGGACUUCUCGAACAACGCCUUCAGGCCGAAGAAAGAGUCCGCAACGCUCUCUGCCGACACCAUGGGUCAUGCGCAAGCAGUAGAAGCCUGCCGUUGGGGUUGGGCCGUUGAUCCCCAGGUUACAGGGACACCGACGCCACGCGCGUCUGCACCAGCGGUGCAAGCGCGCCAAAUCGCGACCUCGCAAAUCACGCGUCCAAAUCGUUCGACACCCUGCCGCGGCCGUCUCUAUCAUCAACUAUCAUGCUCACACCGAAUUCGAACCGAUCUUGUCGAGGAUUGCGGCUCAAAUUGUCUGGAGCCCCACGGUCUCGUGUCUGACGUUCCGUUCUUCUGCCAAGAAUGCGUCGAGCAAGAAGCAAAGACUAUCUGGGCAACGCGCGAAGCAGAGCACAACGCCUUGUACCCCUCUCUAGCCGAUAUGACCAAAGAGCAGUCUGACAUCUGGUACGACGGGCACCGCAAGCUCGAGGCGUCGUUCACACGCGACCGGAAGAUCUACGAGAUGGAGCUCCGCUCGACCACGCGUCCCAGCAACGUAUGCUCAGCACUCCAGUACAGCGAGGAAGAGAAGGCCUUCGCAGCAGAAUUGGACUCGCUCUCUCUCGCCAUGAUGUCAUCAAACACCAGUGCCAUCUCAGAGACCCAGUCUCCUCCCCGUAAGCGAAUUGGCCUGCCAAACGACGCGUCUGAGCAGAUCCACUGGGGCCUCAAUUCACUGACCAUCGACCGCGGCUCGUGCGGUCCGGAGUUCACCGCUGCACAGCCCUCAAACGGCAUCUCGCCGCUGCAGGCUAUGAGCGAGGAGGAGCUUUGGGGGCGUCCUCGGGAGCGCAAGUAGGAUGCGCAGACAUUUGGCUGUAUCAUCACGAAGCAGAUGACCGAUAUGGGGUGUUCGGAUCUAUGAAUGAUUUGCAUUUAGCGACAUAGGCAUUGGUAUGGAGUUUGGACAGAACAAAACCACUAUGAAGAUGGAAGAUGAAGGGGUGUACCACCACAGUGUGCAACAAUGAAUGUAUACGUCAUCACAAUGAAUGAUCAUCGUUUUUUGGAAUUUCCGCGUUUCUCAAGAAUGGUUUCUGCUUAGUGGAAGUGGAAUCGUGAUUUUCGAUUUACAUAUGUCGCUAUUGUUGUUGUUUUGUUGUAGUCCACUUCAAUCAGAC